AUGCGUGAACGCGAAGGUGGACGCAAUGGUGCAACGGCUGACCGUGUCACUGACACGCAGGACGGGGCGCCGUACAUUAUUUCGAAUGAAGCUGCUCGGGUCGCGAACGCAUCCGAGGAGCGAGCACAGGGAUACACUCUGAUCGCCGUGACGACUUUCAAGUCCCGCGAGGACUUUGAGUAUUACGACAAACAAUGUGAGGCGCACGCGAAGAUCCGCUCGUUCAUCGGAGCACGACGAAACGGCGUCGCUACCUUUCAGUACGAGAGUGAAUUGUGA